AGUCACUCUUGCUUAAAAGUGGUAUAGAUAGUGAAUGUUGGGUACAAAAACUGUACGUCACUUCCUGCCGCAAUGAACUGACGUGUGGAUAUGCAUGCUUGCGUCCAGUGCUCUUGUCCACAGACAUGGGAUGAAUAGGAUCAUACAAUUCGGAUUUCUAUAUUGCCGUUUUGGGCUGCGUGCUGUGAAUGUUUCCGAUGAAGUUAUUACGUCAUUUGUUUGUGUCAUUGUGGAUUUACAAGUGAUACUGUGUUUUAAUGUCACAACACCGGCCAUGUGUAAGAAUCCUUGAGUCAGACGUUAUCACAACAGUCGUACCGACAAGUGUGUGUGGAAGCAAAUCUGAGAACGCGGAAAGAUGGGACGUCUCACCGCUCUGUCCCUGCCGCUGAUGGUGGCAGCGUGCUUACUGUCUGUCGUCCCUCUUGGAGUCGUGGCCAGCUACAACAUUGGUGUUGGCAUUGCAGACGUUACUGGUCCAUCUGCCGAAAUUGGAUUUAUGGGCUACGCGAAACUGGGACAGAAAGGUACUGGAAUUCACCUGAGACAGUUCUCACGAGCUUUCAUCAUCGACGACGGCAAACAGAGACUUGCAUUUGUCAGUGUGGACUGCGCUAUGAUCGGAAAUGGUCUUCGGAAAGAGGUGUUGGCGCGCCUGAAGUCGCUGUACGGAGAUGUGUACACGGAGCAGAACCUGAUGCUCAGCGGUUCCCACACCCACUCCACACCGGGCGGCUACAUGCAGAACCUGCUCUUCGACCUAUCGGUACUUGGCUUCGUGCGCCAAACCUUCAUGGCACUUUUGUCAGGAAUCGUCAUAAGUAUACGGCGAGCUCACGAGUCAAUGAGCAGCGGGAGGGUGUACGUGACGCAAGGGGAGUUGGUGGGUGUGAACAUCAACAGGAGUCCAACAGCAUACCUGGCUAAUCCGGCCGCUGAACGUGCUAAAUAUCCGUAUGACGUAGAUAAGACCAUGGUGCAACUGAGGCUGGUACGGGACGACGGGAAACCUAUAGGAGCCAUCAUCUGGUUCGCCGUUCAUCCAACCAGCAUGAACAAUACCAACACUCUUGUGUCCAGCGACAAUGUGGGGUAUGCUGCCAUUUUGUUUGAGCAGCGUAUGAACCCAGGACAACUUAUUGGCAAGGGUCCUUUCGUCGCCGCUUUCGCGGCCACCAACCUGGGGGACGUGUCGCCUAACGUCAGAGGGCCUCGGUGUCAGUUCAGUGGACGACCUUGCGAUUUGCACAGCAGUACGUGCUCGGGAAGGAAUGAAUUUUGCAUCGCUUCUGGUCCCGGCACGGACAUGUUCGAAAGCACUCGGAUGAUAGCCGAAAAGCUAUUCGGCAAGGCGUGG